UCCUGAGCACCACCGUCGAUUAUGCAGAAUAACGGCCCUUGGUGGCCGUUUUGUUGAAGUGCAAAGCUAACACUCCACUGUUUAGCCUACUUGUCCACCUCGAGAUUUAGCAAUUUAACCAAACACGAGUGUGUAAGAUUAAUACAGCAUAACGCAAAGGAUGUGCUCUCACUGAAUUAAAACACAAGCCUCACAAAGAAACGUUGCUCCACAGCACAGGGCAGCCCCGUAAGUCUGCAUUUCAAACGGAUUGAGUCGGUGUCUACGAAUGUGUGCUAACGUUAGCUAAUUUAGCAAACAUGGAUAGCGGUUGCUAACGUGACAGUGUUGCCGGCUGCACGGACGACAAGCACGGAUUUCUCCAACGCAGACGCCGUGAGAGAUAAUACGACAGCCAUGUCGGGAGUUAAGAGGAAAAUAGAGGGCAAUGAUCCCGACUACGAGGACAUUUCGCUGGUCCAAAAUAGCAAGAGAAACAAAGCAGCUGAACAUAAUGCCCGAGAAGCAGCAAUACAGAAGAUCGAAACCAUCAUUAGAGAGCAGUUUUCUUUGGAGAUGAAGAGCAAAGAGCAUGAGAUAGAUGUGAUAAGUCAGCGACUCAAUGAAGCCAGGAGGAUGAUGGACAAGCUAAGGGCAUGCAUAGUUGCCAAUUACUAUGCCAAUGCAGGGAUGUCAAAGCUCCCAGAGCAUGCCUCUAAGAGUGACCCUGCAGUGUUGAACCAUCCAGCCAUCCGCCGGUUCCUGGAGUCCCCAUCCCGUUCCUCUUCGCCUCUCAACCAGGGCUCUGAAACUCCGUCUCUGGCCCAAUCAGAGUCUGAGUCCCUCUCUCAACAAGGAGAGGGAGCUGAGAAGGAUGUAGAGGGAACAUGGAGAGAGGACCGCAGCAGGCAGGAGCGCAGGCCUGGACGUAAUACAGGCAAAGACACUUUUGGUGUGCCGUCUGUAGGAGCAGACCAGAGGAUAACCUACCACACUACUGGAGAUGAAGCCUCUAGACUGUAUGCAAAGAAGACAAUCGUAGUGGGGAAUGUUUCCAAGUACAUUCCCCCUGAUAAGCGGGAAGAGAAUGACCAAUCUACCCAUAAGUGGAUGGUGUACGUCAGAGGCUCGAGGAGGGAACCCAGCAUAGACCAUUUUGUGAAGAAAGUCUGGUUCUUCUUGCAUCCCAGCUAUAAACCCAAUGACCUAGUGGAAGUCAGUGAGCCUCCCUUUCAUUUAACACGUCGUGGUUGGGGUGAGUUUCCUGUGAGGAUCCAGAUCCACUUCAAAGACCCUCGCAACAAACGUAUUGACAUCAUCCACCAGCUAAAGCUGGACAGAACAUACACUGGGCUGCAGACACUGGGGGCUGAAACUGUGGUUGAUGUGGAGCUCCAUAGGAACUCUCUUGGGGAGGACUACAUCCCUCAGCCCUCUUCUUCCAAGGUGAUUCACAGAGCCGCCAGCCCCAUGUCGGCCACCUCCCUGGCCCAAAGUUACGGACGCUCCAGUUCGCCCAUGUCGCAUGAUCCCAGUGUAGACAAAGGUUUCAUCAAAGCAGAGAUGGGGAGAUUUGCAGGGGGCCAUAGCUCAGGCCUCGCCGCCGGUGAACGGACCCCAACCCGACCCAAAGCUGGUGACAGGAUCACGCUUGGAUCCCAUGGCAACUCCGCCUUCCAGCCUAUCACAGCAAGCUGUAAGAUUGUUCCCCAAGGACAGCCACCCAGUCCCGCUGAGUCUCCCGGGAAGUCAUUCCAACCAAUUACAAUGAGCUGCAAAAUAGUUUCAGGGUCUCCAAUCUCCACCCCGAGCCACUCCCCACUGCCUCGCACACCCACCACCUCCACCCCUGUCCACAGCAAGCAGAGCUCUUCGUCGGUGCUCAACAACCCUUAUAUCAUAGUGGACAAGCCAGGCCAGGUGAUCGGCAUGGCUUCCUCGUCCUCCACCUCCACAGGGAGCCCCUCAGCCAAACAAUCUGCUGCUCAAGGCGCUCGCUCUCCAGCCCCUAAAGUUCACACCGGCACCUUCCUCUCCUCAGGGGUGAAGGUUAUUAUCAAGCAAGAGCCAGGGGAAGUUUCAACACAGCAGCAGCAGAUGGUUUCCACAGUAACCAGCCAGCAGCAACCUGCGGCUACAGCAGCCCACCAGUUUGUCGCAGUGAAGGGAGGUCACAUGAUCUCUGUGUCGGCCCAGAAACAGGCAGGAGGGGCCGCAGGGGCCGCAACUGGCAAGAUGUUAGGUAUUCCUGUCAGCUCAACGCUCCAGUCCGCAGUCAAACAGGUGGCUAUCAGCAGUGGACAGAUUCUGGUCGCCAAGGGCAACCCCUCCGUCUCCAAGGUGAUGGGCGGGAAGCAAGUUUUGGCUCAGGGAGUUGCUAAAGCCAUUGUCAGUGGAGCCAGUGGCAUCUCUGGUCAACAAGCUGCUGCCAAGGCAGCUGGUGGUUCAGGUGGCAAGAGUGGAGUGAUGGCCACUCUUCAGCUGCCAGCCAACAACCUGGCCAACCUGGCCAAUUUGCCUCCAGGCACCAAGCUCUACCUGACCACCAACAGCAAGAACCCGUCAGGGAAGGGAAAGCUGCUUCUCAUCCCACAGGGAGCUAUCCUCCGAGCCUCCAGUGCAAGUCAGCAGUCCCAGAGCAGCUCGUCAGCAGGCGCUGGGGGCUCUCAGACCUCCUCCUCCUCCUCCUCGUCCUCUUCAAGCAGUCUGCCUUCCAACCUCUCGUACACGUCCUAUAUCCUAAAGCAGACCCCACAGGGUACAUUUUUGGUUGGUCAGCCAGCACAGGGUUCAGGGAAGCAGGGGGGUUCCAGUUCGGCAGGUCAAGCAUCAUCAUCAUCUCCAGCAGCUGUUACCCAGCAGGCCAUCCGUGUAACAGCUGGACAGAAGGCAGCCAUUCUGGCUCAGGUAGUAGGCGGCUCCCAGGGUGCACAGGUGAAGUUGUCGGAUGGCUCUGUUAAGACGGUGACAGCGGCUGGCCACUUGUCCAAGCCGGGGACGACCACAUUGAGGAUGACAGGCGGAGUCAUCACUGCUGCUAGCUCCACCCCCAGCUCUGGCAGUGCUGCAGCAGCAGGCAGCCAACAACAGGCUGCUGAAGGUGGGAAGUCUGCCUCUCAGCACCACUCGCUCCUGGUGGCAGCCAACCAAGCAGCAGUAAUCAGUGCAGCUAAGAGCGCCAGUGCCGCUGCCAGUGGUGGCCUGUCGAAGACGGCCGUGGCCACUUUGGUCAAGGGCGCUGGCAAUUCUGCUGCUAUGACAAAGAAUGCAGCGGGUUCAGCUGGGGCCGUGGCAACGGUUGCCAAAGGCAUUGCCAAUAUGCCUGUCAUUGGCAUGUCCAAGGGUGCAGGGGUGGGAGCUGUGGUGGGUGCACCCAAAAGCAGCGGAACGUCAUUGGUCUCUACAGCCUCAUUAGUCAGCGGGAUGGCAGCUGGAGGAGGGAAGACUGGUGCAACUCUCUCAGGUAUGCUGAAGAUCCACUCUGGAGGUUCCAGCUCUCAGCAGACAGUCUUAACCAUCCCUGCCAACCAGCUCAAACAGCUGGGUGUUGGCACUGGGUCUGGAGGGCUGCAGACCAUACUCAUGCCUGUUGGGAAAGUCGUGUCUAAAGGCCCAGUCUCCACUACUCCCUCCUCCUCCUCCUCCUCUUCCACCACCACCACCCCUGGAGCAGCUGGAGCUGGAGCCUCCCCAAGUCCUGCCAUCCAGGCCUCCCCCUCCCUUGCCCUGCCUCUGGCACAAGUGAAGACAGAGCCAGGUGCAGGCACAGCUGUCACAGCUGGUCCAUCACCCCCUGUGACUGCCCCUGUCCCCACCUCUGUCCACGUUGCCUCCGCAGCUACCACCGUCAAGCAGGAACAGGGGGCUGAUAACUCUACGCAGCAUGACCUCAUCAACACUGAGCACAUAGAGACCAUGAUGCAGCUGCUGACAGCUGUAGUGAAGAAGUUCCCUCUGAUUGUGCCAGAGAAGACUGAAGACUCGCAUCCAUUCUGUGCCUCGUCAACAGAACAGUAUUAUUCCUGGACUAUUGGCAAGCGCAGAGCAUCAGAGCUUCAGCGAGCGGUGGCAGUGAAGCGGGUUGUCCAGGACGUGUUGGACCGCUCGCCCCGCCUGCAGGCCCUCACCCCACCAAAGACCAGAGAGGUGGUGCAGUGGUGCCGGCAGAGGGGGUACACGCCACCCGACCCCGAGCCCCAACGCAAGAAUGACGACGAGUCUAUCGAAGACAUCCUCACACAGAUAGAUAACGAGCCUGAGUGCCCGUUAACCCUGAGCAGCUGCGACGAGCUGGUGUUGCGGCUAGAGCAGAUGCAAGCUCUGCUCAAGACCGAACCAGAGGAGGCAGACGACGAAAUAGUCGACAUCGUCACCGUGACUCCGCCCUGCCAGAAACUAAAGGUCAAAGAAGAGGAGCAAGAAGCUGACACGGAGCCCAAGUUCUUCCUGGGCCCCUGCAUGUCGGCCCAGUUUGUCAGUGAAACAGCUCAGCAGAUCGGGGUGACCUUCCAGCCGGUCGAGGUGGAGAAGAAUGUGUUCGCUCCAGUAGUCGAAGCCAUGGUUCUGAAGGCUACAGAACAGUUUGCCAGUGACAUCCUGAGAGAAGCUCUGGCUGGGGCCUACGCCAAAUCCCCUCAGAACAGGGCUCCCAGAGAGAUCACAGCCAUGAACAUCCACCAGGCAGUCAGUAGCAUCCCCACCUGUGACUUCCUCACCAACACACACAUGGGUUACCUGACUAAGGACAACUGAGGAGAACAAGACUGACACUGGCUGGCAACUGACACCUCCAGAGACCUGAGGACUGUCUGAACCACUGGUUAUGACAGUGAGACUGUGCUCUUUGAGCUGACAGCUCCACUGUGUGAAUAUUCACACCUGGAUGUAGCCUGGAUGUUGCCUCAGGUCGUGCAGUUAUAACUAAUGUACUGUAUUCAUUAACUUGAUCAUAGAAGGGCUCAGCUUGCUUCUCACGGCAGCAGCACAGCAGCAGAAUAACAAAUGUUUCUAAUACUGUGGGUAUAUUGCAACAUUUUAGUCCUAAUAUAUCGAGAGAAACGGCAUUGUGGGACUCGUGUUAUUCGAUUUUUAGGGGCUGUUGCUCUCUCGCUUACCUCAUAACAAGAUUAUUUUAACGAUGAAGUGUUUCCUGCCAGACAGCCAGCCAGUCAUUGGGGAAAUGAAGCCUGAGUGACUUACAGGGCUAAAUAACAACAUGAGACAGCUGUCCCCGCCGUCAUUCUUCAUCCUGCUGUCACAUGCCCUGAACUGGGAACAAGAUUCAGUUUACCAGCAGACGUUAACCACAGAUUUACAGCAAGCUGGAAACACUAACAAACGUUUCCAUCAGUCACAUUGAUAGUAAUGUCCGGUGGGUACUUUGGGAAAAGCAAAGAGGGAUUCUUCCAAAAGUGUCAUUGCCGUGGCAACCGAUGAUCUGUAAUGGCGAGCAUCCUUCAGUAUAUUUCUGUAUUACCUGGCAGAGGUACAUACAAAUACAGUAAUGAUACAAACAUGCAGGACGUGACUGUCUUCUCUCUUCAGAAGAGACUCAUGUUUCAUAUUUUAAAGACGCAGACUGAUGUCACAGUUCCCAUGUGAAGAUACAGGUAGUAGUUUAAUGAACAAAUCAUUCUGUCAUUAUGAUUUCAAGACCCCAGUCUCAAUAUUUAUCUUCUCUCCUUCAUGAACCACCUUUGAUAUUCUGUUGAAGUGCUUUUAAGUGUUCAGUUUAACAACCAUAAUGUAUCUCAUCAUGUAAUGUACACAGUGUAUAUGACCAAUAUGAAAUAGAUGGUGUUUUCAAAUCCUGUUUUAUUUUUGUAUCUAAUAUCAACAGCAAUGCCCUAACAGUGGUUUGUGUGUAUGUGUUUGAAUGUGUGUGAGUUAAUGAAUUUGACGGUAAGUGAGUGUGUGCGUUUUGUUUGGCUGGUUCUGCUGGUAAUUCUGUUUAAUGUGGAGCUUUGCAUUUUGUUAAUGUGUGGAUGAUUGGAUGAGUGGAAGUGUUUGGACUGAGUGCUUGUGAAGCCUGUUUAACCAAACUAGUGUAGAAAAAACCCAAACACUGUAUUUUCAUGUUUCAGUGCAAACCAAAAAUAUAAUCAAUAUUCUUGUAAUAAACCAAGAUAAAUUAUGGUUGAA